AUGGACACUUAUGAGGUAAAAUUACAAAAACAUCAUUGUGCAUGUCGUAAAUGGGCUUUGAGUGGAAUUUCAUGUGUCCAUUCCAUUGUUUGUAUCUUGCACAACAAAGCCAAUGUUGACCCUUAUGUUUCGGCUUACUACAGAAAAAUAAGUUUUAUGGCAACGUAUUCAUACAUCAUUCUCCCAUCUAAUGGUCCAAGACUUUGGGAAAAAGCUCAAGGGGAUCCAUUUAAUCCACCGGUGAUGAGACGAGCUCCCGGUAGACCGAAGAAGAAGAGAAAUAAAGCUAAUGAUGAACCGAGUUCAAGUAAUGUAUUACCAAGGCAUUCGUCAAUUGUAAAGUGUAAGAGCUGUGGAAAUUUCGAGCACAACUCGAGAACUUGCAAAGGAAAAACAACGGCGAACCGACAAUUGCCCAAAGGAGGUAACAAGGCAAAGAAGCAAAAGAAAGGUCUGACAAAAGAACCACCAACCGUGUUGACACAGGGCUCAUAA